AUUAGAUAGCGGCAUGUGCCACAACAAAACUCAAAAUUUAAACCAACCUUAAAAGACAUUGUCGUCCAAGUACCUAUUACGAUUAAAGAUCUCAAACAAUUUUAACGUGGCAUUCGAAUACUCUCAUUCCCACGGGCAUUUCUUGGGAACCUAUCUACACUAUCUGGGCGUCUAGACAAUCGAUUCCCCAAACUUUCGUCCUCAUUAGGAAAAUCCUGUCUCCAUUGCACGAGGAUACCUACCUUUAUUAGCAGCUAGACCCCUGCACGAUUGCAUGUGGCCUGCUUCAAAACGGACACAUCUAGAACUUCGGUCUAGUCGUUGAUAAAUCCAACUGGAUAGCCGUACUUAUGUCAGCUUGUUGUGUCUUGUCCUAAAUCAACUUAUCGGUCGUCUACCAUCUGCCUAUCCAAAUUCCAAUACUAGGUAUUUGCAUGUCCUGCAGAUAACAGAUAUCGAAGGCGACCCAUCAUAUCAUACUUCGCUCUAUCAUGGGGUUUGAGGCGGAAGAGUUCACCGAAAAUUCCCCAAGCCUAAUCGAAGAUUCAUCCGGGUCAAGAUGGACACCUCUAUUCCGAAAGAGUUGUGAGUUCGAUUCGCGAAUUUUCUUCGAAGUCAUGAUGAACUUCAUUCGCAAUCCAAAUAUCAAUUCCAACUGGCUAUUCCGGGCCGACAUCUUGAUCGAGAAGAAUCCUGAUCAACUGAUAUCGACUGAUCCCCCAAUCACACGGUCAGCUAUCCUCAGCUUCAAAGAUAUGCACCUUGAUAAGGUAUUAGUACGGAAACUUAUUCCCAGGAACACUCUAAGAGACCAACCCUUAGAUCAAACUUGUCUAAUAUACCAUGGCAAGGGACCGGAUAAUAUAGAGCGCUCUAUGGUUGUUUACAAACCCCAUAUAUCAUCUCCGGUUGACAUACCAUUUUAUCAUCCUAAAAUACAAGGUAUGGCAUUUCUUCAUGAAUGGAGUACCGAGAGCAAAGAAGGCUCCGUGUCCAUUCACUACCAUUUCUUUGAUAAUGAAGACAAUUCGCCAAAGUUGGCGAGAACUGGCCUCAACCUUUUGGGAAUGCUUCACAAGCACGGAGAAGGGACGAAGGCAGGGUACGUCAAGCGAGUUCACCAUGACACCAUCAUCCCUCAGGUGUCUGUUCAAAAUACGUAUGCUCGAUUAAAGGAAAAAUACGCCCGACAGCUUAUCCAGACCUGGGCCGAGGUCACAGAUCCUUCCAAGCAUGUAUUCGAAGAUCUGAGUAUUGCCGCAUUCCUGAUCGAGCUCUGGGCUCAGAUGUACCAAGACUCUCCCUUCCCUGGAUUUGUUGAUAUCGGCUGUGGUAAUGGCCUUCUGGUGUACAUCCUCCAUGAGGAAGGUUACCUGGGAUGGGGAUUUGACGCACGGAAACGCAAAUCUUGGGAGAAUUAUUCCCGUAUAUUGAACGAAGAAUCUGAGCCCAAGGAGACUCUUCGGCAGCACGUCUUACUUCCCUCUAUCAUCGGCUAUGACCCGAAUAUAGCUAACGCAAGUGUCGAGAACGGCGAGACAGUCUCCGGCGUAGAGAAUAGUAAUAUUAUCCAUGAUGGCUUAUUUCCUAAAGGAACUUUCAUUAUCUCUAAUCAUGCCGACGAGCUGACACCAUGGACACCAAUACUUGCUACCUUGUCGGACUGUCCAUUUAUCAUGAUACCAUGUUGCAGUCAUAGCCUAACUGGCGCAAGAUUUAGAGCGCCGGCGCCAAAGGCUCAGAACAAGUCACCAUCGGCGUACUCGUCACUCGUUGAGUGGGUAACAAAGAUUGCAACAGAUUGUGGCUGGGAGUUAGAAACUGAGAUGUUGAGGAUACCGAGCACAAGAAAUACCGGUUUACUUGGUAGGAAAAGAGCUUGUUCAACCUCGUCCGUGGAUAUACAAGAAAUCAUAGCUAAAUAUGGUGGCACAGAAGGAUAUGCAGAUAACGUGAUGAAACUCCUAUAUAAUUCAGCCAGGGGUCAUUGAUUAUAUAUAGAGAAUCAAAAAAG